AAUUGUUUUUUAUAUUUUAAUUGUUUUUACUUGUAUUUGUCUUAUAAUAUAUACUUUAUUUGAUCAUCUUUAUCAAAAGAAAGGCUGUAAACCCUUUUCAUUUGCAAACUUUAUCAUUUUUUUUAGCAAAAUUCUUGAAAAGUUAGAUUAUUACUUUUUACAUUGAAAAAAUAUUAUUUAUAAAUAAUUAUUUUGUCUUUGUCUAAACAAAAAAGAAGCUUUACAGUUUGCAAAUUAUAAAAAUACUUCAUAUAAAAUAAAUUAAAAAUAUAGGUGUAGAUCAAUACCAAAAAAAAGAUAUCUAUAGACAAUUACCAUAUAAAAGAAGACCUUAAGUUUUUUUUAAUUGCUUUUGUAGUUUAAAAGUAUAACAAAAAGAUUUAAGUUAUUGCAAAAAAGUGAAAUUAAAAAGGACUAAAAUCAAUUAAAAGAAGAGAAUGUAUACAUACAGUAGCGCCCAAAAGUUGAACAGGCAAAAAAAUAAGGAAUUUUACUUAAAUUUCAGCACAUAUUUCACUAAGCCAACAUAUUAUAUACCAAUUAAAAGGUUUCCAAGUUAACAAUUAUGUUUUGAGCAAAUAAUGAAUAUUUAAUUACCAUUUUAAAAUUGGUUAACAAAAUGGCGAUUUUUGAUAAGUUCAAAAGUUUGCGGACAAACUAACGCUUUUAACAUUUUCACCACAAAAUAGCUAAUUUGUUGAUUUUAUAAACAAAUACUUUGUAAAAAUAAUUUCAAAACUUUAUAUAUAAGUGAUUGAGAUCAUGGGAUCUAAGAAAUGUAUUUCAUCUCCAGUAAUAAAAGUUGAUCUUGAGAUCAGUUCAGAAUGGAAACUCGUUUCGUAAAACAGCACAACUUUAUGGAGUUGGUAAGUCUGCUGUUGGACAAAUUAUGAAGAGAUUUGAGCUUACUAGAUCUACAAAGAAUAAAAUCUAUCAGGAAGGCCACGCAAAACAACCCGUUAUCAGGAUAAAAAGCUUGUAAUACUAAGUAAAGAAAAUCUCCGUUUGACAGCUUUCGAUUUAAACGUCCAAAUGAGGCGUUUCUUUGGAAUGAAUUGUAGUAUUUCUACUAUAAAACGUCGUUUAUGUCACGCUAAUUUGUUUGGACGCCCAGCUAAAAAACCAUUAGUUUCCUUGAAAAAGAAACUAAUGGUUGUGACGCCUGAAUGGAAUUUGCAUCAAAACAUCUAAAGUGGAGUAGUCAAAAAUGGUCAAAAAUUCUUUUUAGUGACGAAAGCAAAUUUAUGCUGUUUGGAUCCGAUGGAAUCAGUUUGAAAUCUUCUUAAUUAAUGAUGUAAUGGUGUAGUGAUUUGUAAGUGAGAGGUUCUGAGUUCGAUUUCCACCAUGUUCCUGGUUACACUACAAUCAGCUAUAGUUGAAAAAGAAGUCUAUAUUUUAUAAACAAAUUUUUUUUUUACAAGCUGUUUUCAGGAUCUGCUGCGCAUUUUAUUGGAACACUAUUCAACAUUAAAGUAUGUAAGAAUCAGCUAAUUAAGUGGAUGAUUUCAGAUAAUGCGGAUGUUGUCAGCAUAUUUCUUGUAAAUCUGAAUGGAUUAUUUAGAUGGAACAAUGAGGAAACCUUACUAAAUGUUUCAACAAUUAUUAACUCAUUGAUUCUUUUACAAUGGCAAGACAAAAAUAUUAGACAAAAGUUUGUAGCUCAAAACGAACACUUCAAUAUACAGAUAGCCAAUUAGGAGAUGCUAUUAAUGCUUUUAAAAAAAGCAUGGUUGUGUACAAAGCAAGCAAGACAUUUGGAAUUCUUUAUCAGACGCUUCGUGAUAAAAUAUCUGGAAAAACUUCUCUGAAGAUACAACACUGCGGUUAUGAAUCGGUACUAGGUGAACACAUUGAAAAUAAAUUAGUCAAGUGGUUACUAACAUGCACCAGAAUGGAAUUUGCUAUGUCUGUAGUACAGCUAUUAGAUACUGUGCAAAAACACUUGAAUUCCAACAAAACACAAUUUACUAACAACUGUCCUGCAAAAGGUUGGUUUUAUGCAUUUCUUCGCUGUCACGAACAGUUAUCUCAAAAACCAGUUGAAUACUUAAACCAAGCUAGAGGAGGAGUAACUGAAAAAGCCAUAAGAGAUUGGUUUACUGAAAUUCCAAAGCUUUUAGGAGAAAACGCUCAAUAUUUAAAUGAUUCGAUGCGCGUUUUCAAUAUGGAUGAGAGUGGUUUUAAGUUGUCAUCAAAAACUAAUUUAUUAGUUGGUGAACGAGGAAAAAAUACUUAUGAAGAAAGUGCUCGAAGUAAUAAAAAAAGCAUCACCACUUUAUUUGCAGUAAAUGCCAGCAGAACUUUUGCUCCACCAUUAACAAUUUUUAAAUAUGUUCGUCGUACAAAUAGAAUUAUUAAUACUGUUCCAUCAGGAUGGAGUAUUGGAAAAAGUGAAAAUGGUUGGAUGACUGCAGAAUGUUUUUUUGAGUAUAUUACAAACAUUUUUCAUCCAUUUUUGAUAAAAGAAGAAAUUCCUUUACCAAUUAUUAUUUUAUUUGAUGGUCAUGCGUCACAUUUUUCUAUCGAACUUAGUGAGUUUUGCUCUAAAAAUAGAAUAAUUCUUGUUGCUUUGUUCCCAAAUGCAACACAUAUUUUGCAGCCGCUCGAUGUAGCAGUUUUUGGGCCAAUGAAAGCAAAGUGGAAAUCUUUAUGCCGACAAUGGCGCAUUGACCAUGAAGGACAAGAAAUAAACAAUGAAAAUGUACCAGAAGCAUUAAAUUCAUUUAUAAUUGAUCCUUCUAUGGCAAAUAAUGUUAAAAGUGGUUUUAAAAAUACCAGAAUAUUUCCAUUUGAUGCUAAUAGUGUGGACUACACAAAAAUUGUUCAAAGACUAUCUGAGUCAACUGUGGCUCCGACUCCUUUUUUAGAAGAGAAUCAAUCAAGUGUGACUUUAUCAGCUUCCUCUCCCAUAAACUUUAUUGAAAACUUCAUUGAUCCAAGUAUUUUAGAGCAGUUUAAAAUAGCUGACGAACAUUUAGGUUGGAAAGGUGACCUUGAAUAUCUCCAGCUGUAUCUUUUUUGGAAAAGAGCCUCAUCUGAAACAUAUAAGACCACAAUUUUACCUGAUGAAAUACUACAGGGUAAUAAAAAUCUAUCAACAACUUGUAAUUUAGAAAAUGUGCAAAUUAUAACCACAUGUAGUUAAUUAUAACCAGUAUGUAAAUACCUGAUUGAAAUAUUGCAGCAGAUAUAGAAUCAAAAGCAGCUUGUUCUAGUUUGAAAAUAGCAGCAGAAAUCAUAAGUCCAAUUGAAAGUGUUUUAAUAUGGCCAAAACAACCAGUCCAAACGUCCAAGCGCAAAAUAGAAGGUUUACCAUCGGUUGUAAAAUUUGAAACGUGGCAGCAAAUUCAAACAAGACAAAAAUGCAAGAAAGUCACAAAUAAAUUAUGAAAAAUUAAGAAAGAAACAAUUAGCUGCAGAUAAAAAUUCAAAAAUAGAAAAAGAAAGAUUAAGAAAGAA